UAUAUUUGUGUAUUAUUGGCAACGAAUUGACGGUGUUCCAGCGUUGACAACAUAACAUCUGAAAAAUUUACGAUUUUUGAUUUUAUAACAUCUAAAUCUGACAUCUGACAAUUUACGAGACAAACAAAACAAAAGUUGCAUAAAAAUAAAAUUAUUAUUUUUCUACAUACAUAUUCAUCUGUAUUUUUUAAUACUUUUUAUGCAACCUAAAAUUUGGAGGAAUAAAGAGCAAAUUGUAAAAUGUGAAUAUAUUUAACAUGGACAUUUUAAAGGCAGAAAUUGCAAAAAAGCGCAAACUGUUAGAGGAAAGGGAGUUACUGGGAUCGGAAAAAAAGUUUUUCAAAAGAGGGGAACUAAUUGCAAAAGAACGUGAGGAAUACAAGAAAAAAUACUAUUUAUCAAAUGAACGAAAUGACAGAACUACAAAUGUAACAAUAGAUGAAGACAAAGAAUCGGACGUACAACAUAGUAUUUUACCCAGAAAUGAAGUUAUAUCGAGAUUGCGAGAUAGAGGUGAACCUAUUCUCUUGUAUGGGGAGACAGAGAUAGAUGCUUUUAAAAGAUUAAGGAAAUGUGAAUUAUUAGAGCCUGAAAUUGAUAAGGGCUUUCGAAACGAUUUCCAAGAAGCCAUGGAACAAGUCGAUCAAGAUUAUCUAGACGAGUUGCUUAAAGCUCCUGAAGAUGACAAAAACGCAGAAAAAUCAGAAAGUAAAACACAAGACCCAACCAUUACGUAUGAAGAAAUUAGAGAAAUGGCGAAAGAAAUGGGUCGGGGUAAUAGAGAACAUGAUAUGACUGUCAUUGUACAUUUUAUUUUGUUUUUACUGAAAAAGUGGAAUGAACAACUACAAAGUAGAUCAGGUGCGGAGAAAACUGGAACCAAGGGUAAACUUAUGGGGGCGACAUAUACCCAAACACAAGUGUACCUCAAACCGCUUUUAAGGAAAUUAAAAAACUUCACCUUACCUGAAGAUAUCUCGGACAGUUUGACGGAAAUUGUCGUUCAUUUGCUAAACAGGAAUUACCUUAAGGCUAGCGAUGCUUACCUCCAGAUGGCAAUCGGCAACGCCCCUUGGCCCAUCGGUGUCACCAUGGUGGGUAUCCACGCCCGUACGGGUCGCGAAAAGAUCUUCUCCAAAAACGUAGCUCACGUCAUGAACGACGAGACGCAAAGGAAAUAUAUACAAGCUCUGAAGAGGCUGAUGACGAAAUGUCAGGAGUACUACCCCACAGACCCUUCUAGGUGUGUGGAGUACCAAGCGUUUGGGAAACCGGAAGAGACAUCUACAUCUAGCUAAUGCUUUAAGUGUGAUAAAAAAUGUAUGUAUGGGGUGAUUCCGGUAGUUAUAUUUUUUAUGACGUGUAAAAUUCGUUAAAAUAAUUUUUUUGGUAUACGGUUUUUCUGGAACUUAAAAUUAAAAGACUUACCGUGUUAAUUUUGAAGGCAACAUUUAUUACGGUUCUGCCUUUAAUUUUUUACAACUGAGGAUGGUUGCUGUAAAUAUAUUUGAGAAAAAAAUAUUAUUUCAGUGUUGUUAUACAGGGUGAUUCACAAAUGGCGACCAAAAAUGAAAACUCGUAUUUAGUGAAUUUUAAGGGGAGGUUCCAUUUUUGGUCACCAUUUGUGAAUCACCCUGUAUAUGAUGUUAAGAACUGUGACUCAAUUUCGGAAUCACCCUGUAUAUAAUAAUAAUUAUAAGCUAAAAAGAACUUGUUGGAAAAAAUUAAUAUAAAUUAUGAAUGGUCA